AUGUACGAUCCGGAAGAAGAUGCAAAACUUUUAUGUGAUUUGAAAAAGGUGAUCAAACAAAAAUGGAAUACAUACAGCGAGUUUGAUAAUCCUCACUCAAAUGAAGAGAUUGGAACACCAAAAGGCAUUUAUAUUUCAUCCAGCGGCCUGCCAAUAUCAAUAGACCACUUAGAUGGAAACAAGAAGAGGAGACUUCAAGCUAAUCAAUAUAAAACGGCGGCCAAUAAAAUUGGUCCUAGGAAGAAGAGAUUUGAAUUUAGCAAAUUAAAAACGCACCUAAAAUACAAUUCUACUAAUGAAUCCAGUAUGAAAUCAGACAGUGAUGAGGAUGAUAAGGGCAGGAUGUCCACUAUUUUAGAGAAGACCAAUAAAUUAAUUAAGCACAGUUAA